UGGAGCGGAGCGGUGCGGAGGAGGGAGGAGGAGAGAGUGGGAGGGGAGUGUGGAAGACUCUGAGGGAACGCGGCAGAAGCCGGGAGAGGAGGCACGGCGGCCGGCCGGGGCAGCGGCGGUGUCAGGGGAAGGACAGGGCGGCUUUGGGCACCCACGGCCGCAGCGCGGGGCACCGGCCCCGGCUCGCCCCCCCGCCGCGCUCCGCCCGCCCGCCCUCCGUGCCUGCGCCGGCACCAUGGUGGACAGGGGCCCCUUGCUGACCUCGGCCAUCAUCUUCUACCUGUCCAUUGGGGCGGCGAUCUUCGAGGUGCUGGAGGAGCCCCACUGGCGCUCGGCUACCGACAACUACAAGCGGCAGAAGACGGAGCUGCUCAAGCAGUUCCCUUGCCUGGGCCAAGAGGGGCUGGACAAGAUCCUGCAGAUUGUGUCUGAGGCUCAUGAAGAGGGGGUUGCCAUCACUGGGAACAAUACUUUCAACAACUGGAAUUGGCCCAACGCUGUGAUCUUUGCUGCUACUGUGAUCACUACAAUUGGUUACGGAAAUGUUUCCCCAAAGACGCACGCUGGGCGUCUCUUCUGCAUAUUUUAUGGGCUUUUUGGAGUCCCUCUCUGCUUGACGUGGAUCAGUGCUCUGGGGAAAUUCUUUGGAGGACGUGCCAAGAGGCUGGGCCAGUUUCUGACAAAAAGAGGAGUAAGCCUGAGGAAGGCCCAAAUUACAUGCACGGCUAUUUUCAUUGUUUGGGGUGUCUUGGUCCAUCUGGUUAUUCCUCCCUUUGUGUUCAUGGUAACUGAAGAAUGGAAUUACAUUGAAGGCCUCUAUUUCUCAUUCAUCACUAUCACCACCAUAGGAUUUGGAGAUUUUGUUGCUGGUGUAAAUCCAAAUGUAAACUAUCACGCGCUUUACAGAUAUUUUGUGGAGUUAUGGAUCUACCUGGGACUAGCUUGGCUCUCACUCUUUGUUAACUGGAAGGUCAGUAUGUUUGUGGAAGUCCACAAAGCAAUCAAGAAACGGAGGAAAAAAAGAAAAGAGUCAUUUGACAACCAUCCUCGGUCUAAAAAACCCCUUCAAAUGGGUACCUCAAAGGAUGUCAACAUUUUCAGCUUUCUUUCAAAGAAGGAAGAGACCUACAAUGACCUUAUAAAGCAAAUUGGGAAGAAGGCCCUGAAGACAAGCAAUGACAAAAUGAUUAUAGUGGAAAAUGCCAAACAAAUGAAUGCCAGUAUAGAUGUUCAGGUGACUUACACAAAGACUGAGUCAUUUGAGUAUGAUGAAGCUUCCCUGGACAUUCAGAAUGGUCAUGUACUGAGACCACUCCAUAACAAACGUGUUGGAGACAGCCCUCUAGAAGGAACCAUGUUUGUGAACCAGCUGGACAGGAUUAGUGAAGAAGAAGGUGAAGUGUGGGACUCCAGAGACUAUCGACCCUUAAUAUUUGAGAAUGCCAAUAUAACAUUUGUAAAUGAAGAUGAUGAUGAAGAGGAAGAUAUCUCAGAUGAUGAGGAAACAUCAAAAUCCUCUAUGGAUGAUAAUCUUCCAGAGGAAUCUGAAGCUGCAAAAAAACUGGUAAAAUUCCCAUCCUCUGAUGAAUCUACCUUUACCAAUAAUGAGCUAGAACUUUCUGUGCCUUAUGAACAACUGAUGAAUGAGUAUAAUACAGUAAGCAAUGUGAAGGCUGCUACGUGAAGCAUGCUGGACAAUGGUUUUCCGAAAUGGUCAGUGCAUAUUGAACACAGAGCAAGGAGAAAAGUUGAUUUGCAGUUUCUCCUGUCUCUUGAAAACAAAAGCAAGUCCCAAACUAAGAAACUCCAGUAUGCUUUUCCCAUCCUAAGUUGGCUUCUGAGCCCGUCAGCUUUGCUUUUCUGAAAGACUUGUAAAAUAACAGUUGAAUUUGGAGUCCUACUCCUAUUUUGGAUUUUAUGGUUCUUGAACAAAAUAGAAAAGACUAGUUAAUACACUGGAUCUGCUCUGAGUUCAUGCAUUUCAUUGAGGAAAUACUUUGGGAGUGUAACUAUACUGUUGCAAGACUGUUUUGGGCAUCAGAUAUGUUCGGUUACUCCAUUAGCCUUUCACCUCUGAAAACGUGGAUUUGAAUCCUGCUUUUAUCACAAAUGAAAUCAAGGGGAUUGCCCAUUGUUGAGUUGUUACUGCCAAAAAUACGGCGCUAGCACGCUGUACUUAUUGAGGAACUUUGGAUGGAAUGCCAGGACACACAGAUCUGAGCUGAGGUGUGCAGGUAGACUGAGAAGGAAGCUUCUGAAACAUCUCUGUAGUGCUUGUCAAAUUAUAGUGAAUUCUAAUUUCAUAAAUAAAAUACUAAAAUUAACAGUUCCAAAGGAAUGGAUGGAGAAGGAGCCCUCUAACAAGGAGGAAUCAUCUGGGAUGAAGCUUGCCAGUUGGGCUGCUAAGCUGCACAUCAGCCCCACACUGUCAAAGAGUAAAGUGACUGAUUUAAGUGUGUAUGAGCACAAGCAGGAUGCAAUGAACUUUUUUAGUGUUGAAAGUGUCCUUCCACUGUCCAUUUCCUAAAGGAAAUACUUGAAUGAACCUUAUACAGUAUCUGUGUACAGGUGAAGUUCUAUUGACACUGUUCUCCUUAGGAAAAAAUCACCUUGGGAAGCACAGAUAUGCUCCAAAUGCCCUAAUGCCUGUUAGAAGGGACCUAUAGCACUGCUGCUGAUCUGGGCAGUGUGUUAGUCAGUAUUGUUGUUUGAUGUUCCUCCCUGCCUUGGUACUUUAGACAUGACUUGAAUGGGAGAUGAUUUCUGAAACAGUUGAUUACACUUCGUAUAUUUUUUUGGUUGUUUUUAGAGUUUGACUUACAUGCAUAUACAAUGGUUAUUCUAUCCCAUUUGAUAGAAGGUUGGGCAGUAUCAAACCGUGGGCAAACUGAGAUAUGAUCAAGUGACUUCAGGCCAUAAGGCACUUUUUUUAGAAGGAACUUUGGCUCUAAGCUUCUAAAAGUAUUAUCUUUUGACUUGGAGAUGGCUACUCACUAGAAGGAAACAUGUCUGUUCAUAACACGUAGUGCCCAAAUUGUUUUGGCUACAAAGAAAUUUUACCAUGGUUUUAUUUUUCUUUCUUUUUCUAUAUCUAUGCAUUAACCCUGACAACUCUUUCAAAUGAGGCUGUUGAUUAUAUGCUGGCAAAAGGUACUGACUUCAGUUUUAUCCAAUAUAUUUGGAACAGAAAAUAGCCAAGACCUUUAAACCUUAACAUGUCAGGUUCUGCUGAUCUGUUUAGUUUUAGGAUAUUUAAGUCAUUCUGGCAUGUCCAAAAGUUUCCAGAGUUCAGCGAACAGUUAAAAGUUGUUUCGUUUUCAGUGAAAUGCUGGCAGACUCACUAGCUCUGUAAGAAGACCUUAUGGAACCUUGCAAUGCUAAUCUUAAAUUACUGGCUAUCUCUGAUAACUACAAAUAUUGGCUGCAGCUUCAGUUGCUGGCCUGUUCCACAGAAGAAGGAUAUAUGAGGAGCUGGUACUCUGACUGGAUAGCCUUUAGAUGGGAAGUUUUGAAGUUAUCUACUGUGAUAACAGUAAGGGAAGAAAAGGGACUAUCUUUACUAUUCUGUUUCUUUCCUAGCAUUUUGCAUAUAUAUGGCAUUUUUUCAAAUAGAAUAUGAACACAAUGGCCAAAUUGUGGCCAACUCGUGUCCACUUCUGUUAUACUAAACAACUGUGGAGUCAACAUAAUUUGAUUUGUAUUUAAUCUGCAGUUUAUGGUAGUGUUGUUGAAGAGAGAUUCUCAUUUGUAAUCAAAUUUUAUUGUAUUUAUGCUAUUUGGAUCAGGGGUGGCUGGAUGAAUUUGACUUGUGUCUGAACAGGAAAGUGGGAGAGGCCAUAUCAAGAUGAUUCUUACUUACUCCUAGUAAAAUACCUUAAUCCCCACUCUUCUAAAAUUACUCCAAGCCCUUCAAGUUUUUUGUAUCUGAAGGGUUGUGGUUGACAGCUGUACUUUAUAACUGUAAGAAAUGUUAGGUAGGAUUAUGUGCAUAUGCGCAGGAUGCUUGUGUAGUCAGUUUAGCCUUCUCUUUUUUUUUUAAAUAUUUUUUGUUUAAACAAGUCCACACUAACUUAAAAGAAAAUGAGAAAGCACUCCAUAUAGCUUUUGUUGUCCUCCAACUUGUCUUCCAUUAUUGAUGCAAAGAUCAAAGUUUUAGUAACUGUUAGAAAGAUACAGGACAACAAGGAGAGAAAAGACUUCCAGCAAGUGCGUGGAAUGGAAAAGCAUAGUCCAAUCUUCAUUUAAAAAACAAGAAUAAAAAGAAAGAAAAAAGUCUCUUUAAUACUGAAAUAAUACAACCCAGACACUUGGCUGGGCUGCUGUGAUUGGGAGGGGAUGCUGCACACUGGAACCCAGACUCUGUUCUGCGUAGCGAAGUGCACUUGUACGCCAGAGCUGAGAAUAGAUGGGAUCUGUUUCAUAUUAUCAAGCUAGAUGUGGCUCUCUGGCCUUUCCCAGUGUAGUCAGCAUAGACUAAAAGUCUGCAUAAUAAGUAUCGUGGGAUUUAAAGUAAUAGUUUAAAUUUAUUAAAACAAAGUACAAUAUUCCCAGUUUUUCGGGGAAACAUGAUCACACCUCACAAAACUGUUCUCAAGAUAUCCCACCAUGUGCCUUAAUGUAAUCUUAACACUGGGAAAAAAAUUCCUCUUUACACAGGGGCCAACAGAAUUGGUCUCAUUAAGCCCUACAUGUUUCAGAGUUUUGGAGGGAUUUAGUUGGUGCAUAGCUUUCAUAGUGGCUCUCUCCAAAAAGCUGAACCAUUCCCAGGGUUUUUAAAAUUAUGGUGCCAUCUCAGAAGUGCCGAAGUGCUAAACAAGACAGAUUUUUGCCUGCCUGUCUUCCACAUCUUGAGAAAAGCAGCUGCCUGGGGGUUCUAAACUAAUGUCUUUCUGCCUUCAGAUUUACAUGUAGUGACUUAGAGGGGUGUCCAGGCUGGAUUUUGUUCUAUUCAGCUCCAAAAGUGUCUCUGAAUGAAUUCCCCAGUGCUACCUGCUUAUGUCUUAUAGUUAUUUCAAUUAUUUGGUCAAUCUGGAAACAUUUUCUUUGGAUGCCAGUUGAUUUCUUUUGGCUAACUAAUAAUGUUAACAGUUUUCUUAAAGCUGUGGAAUUUAUUUUAUAGGUGAGACAGAUCUCUUCCUGGAAAGAGAGAAAAGGGGGAUUUUUAAACAAGGAAAAAGCUCAAAAGCAUGUGUAAGGAAGGGAUGGAAUAGCAGUGAAAACUCUUGUUUCUAGCUUUUGCCUACAAGUAGUUUUUAUUUCCAGCCACAUCAUGUGAAGGAUGGGUUCACUUACUAAUUUUGCCAAGAUGAGCCAGUACUUUCAAUUUUAUUCUUUUUUUCAAAACUUAAAUCCUGAAACGUGACCAUGGAAGUCUGUUCCUACAAAAGGCCUUUUAAGUGCUGUAAGACUAUGUGACCCCAUUCUUCAUGGCAUCGUUGUGAUGCUCCUUGGGUUUGUAUUGUGCUAUGGAAGCCUGUUUUUACCAGAAGGGCAUCACUUUCAGAUACCUGUCUCACAUCAGGCAGCCUGACACAUCUGAUACACUGGUACGACGUCACUGAGGAAAUACAAGAUUGGAGUGUUACAUUUUUCUGAACUAAUGAUUCGUGAGUCUGUUGCUGGCAAUGGAUAUCACAGAGCACGCAGAAUUAAAACCAGGCUGAUAACAGAUCCAUGGUAACACAGCUGUAUAUGCGAAGUUUUUCUUUUUCCUCCAGUUGAUCUGGGAGAGAGUAGAGACAGACGAGGAGAGCAAAAAGCAAUAUGUCUGUUGACUAAACAAAAGAACUUUGUAGACAUGUAAUUUUUGUGCCUCGUGGGAUUUAUUCCAUUUGUGAUGGAUUUAACUUUUAAAAAUUAGCUUGUCUUUCAUACAGCUUUUGACAUUUGUGCAGUUCUGACUCUUAUCACUCCAUAAUAUGCCUGUCUGUCUGUUCUUUGUUGCUGAUUGUCACUGGAAUCACACUGUAUGUAAAUAUUUGCUAAGUCUUUGUAAAAUGUAAUUUAUUUUAAUAUUUUGCAAUAAAAAAUUUACAAUUUA